UAGGAAUACGUAACUGGAUGUUUCUCCUGUCCUGAAACAUGGCUGGCUCAGUUUAUUGUAGUGAAAUUUUGUGUAUAAAAAGAUAUUAAAAAGAAACUGCUGCUACCUUUUUCAUCAGUUUUCAAACAUUUCAUUUACAGAGACAAAGAUGACUUCAAUACAUUUUGUUGUUCAUCCAUUGCCUGGAACGGAUGAUCAAUUAAACGAACGAUUGAAAGAAGUGUCGGAGAAAAUAAACAGAUAUGGAUUUGUAACAUCACCAGCGCUUAACGGUCUUAAAACCUCCGUUAAACGACUAGUUGUAGGACCUACACAUAUUGCACUUCUUAUGGAGGACAAUAGAAUUUGUCGAGUUGCAUUCACAGUCCUUUACGAUAGAUUGGAUUUACGAAAAAAUGAACCGAACAGAAGUACCUCGAAAAGUCAAGUGGGAAAUUCAACAUCAACACCAAGUGGAAGUGGAAAUACAGGAAGUGGAAGUCGAGCGGGCAUAUCACGUUCUCGAGCAAGAAUAAUGCGAGGAAGUUCUGCGAUUCGUGGUGGAAGUAGCGGAAGUGGCAGUGGAAGUAGUGGAAGAAUAGGACCGCCUGGAGUUAUAAUGGGAGGCAGUAGUAGCAGUAGUUCGCGGCCCAUAGUUUCCGUGCCGGCUCCUUUCGUUCCCGAUGAAUUGAUUGCCCAAGCUCAAGUAGUCCUGCAAGGUAAAAGUCGAAACAUCAUAAUGCGCGAGCUCCAGCGCACCAAUUUGGACGUCAACUUGGCAGUCAACAAUUUACUAUCACGUGACGAUGAGGAGGGCGAUGACGCGGAGGACGCUGCCGAUGGUUACGUACCAGAAGACCUCAUAUCCUUACUAGAUGGUGGAUUCAGCAACGAGCACUCUGUCAUCAUCGAUGCUGACUCCAUGUUCUCAGAGGAUAUGUUCGGCUAUGGCUCGAUAAGAAAUCGAAGCAGUUCUUCAAGAAGACUCGGAAGCGAAAGGGACGGAGAGCGUUCAACAGAGCGCGACCGGGACAGGGACAGUUUUAGUCGAUGGAGAGAUCGUCAGUAUUACGGACCUCGGCGAUGGUUGGAAACUGCUUUGAAAGACUCAUGGGAGAAGGAUCCCGACAGCAAGAAGAAGGAAUUGGUGUCACAGAGUCCGCUUUGGAUAUCCGAGGAACUCGAGUGGUUCCAUGAACGUAGUGGUGAAUCGCCACCGAAAUUUGUACAAAUUGCCGCUCUCUACAGUGAAUUAAUAGGCGUCUCAUCGACUGGACAAUUGUAUCAAUGGAAAUGGGCCGACUCGGAACCCUACAAGAAUUCUGAAAAUCCAAAUAUUCACCAUCCGAAGACAAUAACUUUAGGCCUCACGGGAGAGAAGAUCGUCAAUAUAUCCGCGACUGCGAUUCGUUGUUCUGUUAGUACGGAAAGUGGUAAGGUUGCCACCUGGCUUGAUGAAUUGUUGGGCCCCGUUGCUUCUAGGUUGGAACAUCCUGCACAAGCAUUCUCCGAGUUCAUUCUUGACAAGAUUAUAUCACUUCACACUUGCGCUCUCUACACGGUCGCGAAACUCGAGAGCGGCGCUCUUUACUGGUGGGGGGUCUUGCCAUUCGCUCAACGGAUGAAACUUUGGGAGAAGUACAAAGCCAAGUCUCGUAAACACAAACCUUCCACAGCCCUGUCUGCUGAGAUAAGUUACGGCACUCACGUGUGUAUGAAGAAUAGUCCGAUCUACCAACCCGGGGCGAUUGGUUUCACUAUCGCUAACGGCGUUCCAAAAGUCGGGCAACUAUUAUCCGCUGUCUGGAAUUUGGACGCUAUCUGCAGAUUCAAAAUCCUACCGCCGGGGUCUUUGGCAACAGUGUCGAGCGAGAAGAGGGAGUCGAACGGCAACAACUCGAACAGUGGUACGACUAACAAGACAAUUCAUAAGGAAACUGCCGAUCGACUGGAUAUGCCUCCGCCACCUUCACCAGCCUCCAGUACCUGUAGUGACACCGGAAGUAUAACCACCAGUCACAAGCGUCAAAAGAAAAUGGCUCCGAAGAACGAGAACGAACCGGACAGGAAAGACGAGGAAGAUUGGCACCUAAAGGAAGUCGUCUUCGUCGAGGACGUAAAGACCGUCCCCAUCGGGAAAGUAAUCAAAGUCGACGGUUGUUACGUGGCUGUGAAGUUCUUCUCAAAAGACUCCAAGGAGAAGGAAAAAGAAAGCAAAGACAAAGACUUCAGUACCGCCGAUUUCAAGGAUCUGACCGCUGAGGAAUUGAUUAAACUCCUAGCCGACUGUAGACUCCUAAGAAAAGACGAGUUACAAGUCAUCAAACCUUCCAUGAACUCAAGAGCUCCGGAUUGCUUUCAAAGAACACCGAGGCGCGUCAACAUUCCAGAAAGUACGCACGAAAAUCUGCUAACAAUCGCCAUUGAUGGUCAAGGCAUUCAUGCGAUAGUGAAGAACGGAAUAAAACUCACCUACGUUAUCUAUAAUCUAAGCACCGGUAGGUACGUUCAAGAUUGCUAUAUCCCCUCCGACCUGAACGCUUUCUUGGGUCUGCAGCCCCAGAACAUUAGUCUGACAAGCGCCGGCGAGAAUACCGAGUGCUCCAUGAUCCUCCGCGACGGUAAUAAUACAAUCUACCCCAUCGCCAAGGACUGUGCGGACGCGAUUCGAGACUCAAAUUGGCUCGACCUGACGCCUAUUUUGUGCAUCGGUGCGUCCACCAUCCCUCUGCCGAAUAUUCCCUCCAUUAACUUGAAGAAUCAGGUCGCGGUCAUAGCCCUAGCUUUCGAUAACCUGAUGCUUAUGCCUAGAAUCCUAAGAUGUGACUAUGAUGGUGUAAAGCAGGUUUUCACAUCCCUGGAGCAAGAUUCGAAAGUUGGGUCUCCAAUCCAGACGAUUUUGACCGAACGCUGUGAUGGGAACCGAAACAUUCUGCACGCCUGCGUAAAUAUGUGUUCACCGACUUCGAAUAAGGAGAACGAUCAAGGGAUCGAACGGGACCUUGUGACUAACGCCGUGGACGCUACUUCGGCACCGAUAGAGGAGCCGAUACCAACUCUCAAUUGGCCUCCGGAAGCUUUCGAUAACACGUCGGGGGAAGAGGACAGUCUCCUAAGCAUUGGCACCGGGAGUAUUUCGAUGAUGAACAAGUCGGGCAACAAUGCGGCUAAUAAUACGUACAUUAUCGAUUCCGUAGAACGACGGAAUAACGCUCUCCUGAUUCUCAAGUACAUGUGUGACAAUCCAGUUUUGGGGCCGAAUUUGAAGGAACUGCUUUCGGCGAGGGACGCACAAGGACAGACGCCUUUGAUGUUGGCAGUUUCGGCUCGAGCCUAUCACGCCGCGCUUAUACUUCUGGACACGAUUCAACGAGUUACCAAGGACUCUCAAGGCAAAGACAGUUCGUCGAUGAUACUCCCUCCGGACUCGAACCCGGAUUUAUCUCCCUUGUUCGUCACGUGCUGCAACGACACCUGCAGUUUCACCUGGACCGGCGCCGACCACAUAAAUCAGGAUAUCUUCGAGUGCCGAACUUGUGGUUUGACGGGGUCUUUGUGCUGUUGUACGGAGUGCGCUCGCGUCUGCCACCGCGGUCACGAUUGUAAGUUGAAGAAGACUUCCCCAACGGCGUACUGCGACUGUUGGGAGAAGUGUAAAUGCAAGGCGCUGAUCGCCGGUCUACAGGGAGCGCGCUACGAUCUCCUGUGUCGUUUAGUGACAAGUACGGACCUGGCCACCAAGAUCAACUCCCGGGGCGAGAGUAUUUUACUAUUCUUGGUUCAAACCGUCGGUAGACAGUCCAUCGAACAGCGGCAAUUUAGAUCCGCGCCCAGACAGCGACCAACUUCCGCGAGUCGCAAAACUUCGUCAGCCGAUGGCAUCGGCGCAGAGGCGGACAUGCCCGACCACGACCUCGAACCACCGCGCUUCAGUCGACGAGCCCUGGAGCGACUGCUGAACGACUGGCCCGCCGUCCAGUGCAUGAUUAUGUCCGGCGUUCACGAAAACCCCAUAGAUCAAUUAUUCGGAGACCAAGGGAAUGGAAGUCGUCAGAGUGGAACUGCACUUUUGGAUAAAUUCACCCAUUCCCUAAUUGUGAAAUGUAGUUGUGAGAUGUUGGACACCUUAUUGACGACUCUAAUCCGGGAAUUGCAGAAUGAAACCACUCCUGGUCGACAGGAGGAAGCGACGAACGUUGCCAGACGAUUCGUCAGAUCGGUAGCGAGAAUAUUCGUUAUCUUCACCAUUGAAAUGGCGCCAAACACCAAUAAGAGGAGGAAUACUUCAACGAAAUCAGCGACUUCCAAUACAACCCAAAGUUCACAACCUUUGCUCAAGUGUCGCAGAAUCUUCCAGGCUUUGAUAAAAUUGGCCGUGGAGGAAUUGUGCGAAACUGCCGAUUCACUAAUUGCUCCGGUGAGGUUGGGAGUCUCGCGUCCCACUGCUCCUUUCACUCUAACAAGCUCUGCCAUUGAGGUCAUUAACGGAUCGGAGGAAUUAUUCUCCAUUGAGCCUCUAAUUCCGCACAAUGGAAUAAGUCCACAGAUUUUGGAGUCGGGACUGCAGGCGCAGCCGGGAAGUGGUAAUAUUCAAAUUGCGAGGGAUGUGUCGGCGUUGGAUGAGACUGAAGGUGGGGAGGAAGUGCCGAUGGACAUUGAUGGGGAUGUGAGUGAACAUGAAGAAUCGGGGGUGUCGGGGGCGGGCGUCUCUGGACAAGCUUUGGGUGAGGUGGACAAUAAUGUUGGGGGAGUUGGAGAGGAACAAGCCGGCGAUGGGGAAUCCGAUGCCGAAUUGGAUCUUCUAGCUGAAGCUGAGGCUGAAACGGACUCCGAUUCAGACGAUAAUCACAGUAAUCAAGACGCUGCUUCUGCACAACGCAGUGUACAGACGGGAGCAACUGCUGGCUCCGAUGGCGGUAUGGGAUCUAUUUUACUCUUCCCAGAAGUCGAGUCUGGUGAGUCGAGUCAACAAGAGGACGACGAGAGUGAAGCUGGGGAAACUGAUGAACAGGAUAAUGAUGAAUUUCAAAUUGGGGACGAACAACUUGAACGUCGAAGUGGUACGUCGGGUAAUUUACAACGAAACAAUUUGGCUCCCAUUUCGAUGCAAUGGGCAAUAAGGAAUCGAGAAUCGAAUACUCGCACUGCCGGCUUGAGGGUGACUGGAGGCAGUAAUUUGGUCUUCAUUGACCCCUCAUCACUGCGACGGUCCUCGACGGCUUCGACUGUUGCAGCUGCUCAAGAACCUAUAACAAUGGGAACAACCGCGAGUUGUUUGGCCAGAGCCUUUGGAAUUGUUAUUAGACAAAUAGCCGAUCUUUUGACACUGAUGCACGAUUACAAGAUGAAUGCCCCGUCACUUCCAAGACUCAUGGAAAUCACUUAUCAAGACGCUAUUAACCUUCAGGUAUACCUAGAGGGUCACUUAAAGCCAACGUGGGACUGGCUGUUGACUGUGAUGGACGCUACGGAAGCCCAGUUGCGAUUUGGAGUAUCACUGACACGAAGUGCUGAUCCUUCACAUCCUGAACACCCUCUAAAUAAUGCACCAUCAAUUUCCGGAGGAAACUUUUCAGGUUUGUUCAAUUCCGCUGCCGUGUCUCUGACACUCCAAGGAAAUUCAAACCGGAAUCAACGCAGCGGCAUUACUGCAACUUCAAAUAUUUCCACGACAAAUAGUUCAACGAGGCUCACUGUCGGUUUCACUGGUGUUGGCGAUCCGCCUAGAAACAACAGGGAUCGCGAAGGUAAGAAAACUCGAGGAGGAGACGCACAUUCGUCGAGAAGAGAAUUUUUGUCCUACUGCUUGUCGUUGAUGAGAGCACACAAUGGAGAACACAGGGACAGUCUUCCUGUGUUGGAUGUUUCUGCUCUUCGACAUGUCGCAUAUGUUUUCGAUGCUCUUGUUUACUACAUGCGUUCGCUCUCGGAACCGAGGGGCGACGGUCAAAAGGAUUCUUCGUCAUAUUCUACUUGGAACGAUCAGGACGAGAACGACAAUGAGGAAGGGGAGGACGACACAUUACCAGGAAACGCUGCAAUGGAAUCUGAUCCAGUAGAGUAUCCAGACCUUCUACAGGUUCCGGUUUGUGCAACGGCAAAUAGUAUUAGUCAAGUGGGAAAAGGAAGAAAGCAUCCCUUCCUACAGAGAUCAGAUUCAACACUGUGUCUCGGUUGUCCACCAAUUGAUCCAUUCGAUACAGUUAUAAGCGAGGCAUUACCAUUAGCUGACCAGCCGCAUUUAUUACAGCCACACUCGAGACGCGAGGAUCUAUUCGGCGUUCCAAGACAACCACUGGUUACAAAUCCAAACUCCAAUCAAAAUACACUCGAGGGUCUGCCCACUAGACUCGGACUCUCGACACGCAGCGUUGAUAAUCAAAAUACUGGCGCGACUCUCACCUUGAGUCAAAUUAUUCAGGGCCCUGGCUCCAGUUCUGUGUCUUCUGACAAUCGACGCAAUUCGCUAAAUGAACCUGGUUCGAGUAAAUGCACGGAAAAGGCGAAAGGUUUAAAUUCUACAGCUGAUGGACAGUCCCCAGUGACUGUUACUGAACAACUUGAUAGAGCUCCAAUUAUCGUUUCGCCAAAUAGUCAAGGCGAUGCUGCGACAAAUGUGAAGAGUAAAGAAGCUUGUAAAAAUGGCAGGAGCGUCAUUGUUCGAGCAGGAACUGUAUCCGAUUCGAGUGUAAAUAAAGUGGGAGCACCUGAUGUUCUUAUGGUACCAGCGGUUGAGGCACAAAAUGUCACCGAGGAAGUUGAUCCCACUGCGUCAAGUCACGAAAUUUCGGCUCAUGAAACCGUCGAGACAAGUCCUAUAGAAACAACUAAAAAUGUAUCAUCAAUCGGAACGAAUAUUUCACACAAUAUUUUACUUGGACGCUGGAGACUUUCGCUCGACUUAUUUGGAAGAGUUUUCAUGGAAGAUGUUGGACUCGAAGUCGGAUCUGUCGUCUCAGAAUUGGGCGGCUUUCCAGUCAAAGAAGCAAAAUUCCGUAGAGAUAUGGAAAAAUUGAAAAACUCCCAACAGAAAGACAUCACUCUCUCAAAAGUCGAACGUGACAGAACACAGUUGCUUGUUCAAACGAUGAAGGAAUUAAAUACACAAUAUAAUCUCUACAAUAGAAGAGCGACGAAUACACCUCCGUUGGCAGUAAAUCGUGUUAAAGUUACAUUUAAAGACGAACCUGGAGAAGGUUCUGGAGUUGCUCGAGGUUUCUACACUGCAAUUGCUGAGGCGUUACUGGCAAAUGAAAAACUUCCAAAUCUUGAAGCUGCACAGGUUGGCACUAAGUACACGCAGUAUAAUGUUUUACAAAAACUAAAGAGCAGAGAUCGUGAUCAUAAUCUUAGGAGACAGACAUCGCGAUCUUCUGGAAAGUGUAGAGAGACAAGAAGAGCUUUAUCAUUCGACGCUCGAUCUUUCCAUCCAUCGAGUGCUGUUGAAGGUGCUAGUGGAUCCGGAACUGGAGGUUCAUCAGCGACGGCAAAUCAUUUAAGCAAUGACCAUCUAACGAUGCAUCAGCAGCAGUUGGGUGAUAGACUUUAUCCCAAGGUGCAAACAUUAAGACCAACAUUAGCGGAGAAAAUAACAGGAAUGUUAUUAGAACUUUCACCGGCGCAACUAUUGAUGUUACUCGCGUCGGAAGAAGCUCUCAGACAGAAAGUUGACGAAGCGUUUGAGUUGAUUCACAGUCACAGUCAGGACAUUGCUAACGAGGCACUUUUAGAUUUAGAUGUUUUUAGUUUAACCGAACGUUGUGGAAGCAGUAAAAAGAAAAGCAUGGAAAGUAUAUUCUUAGAUGAUACAGAAGAUAAUGCUCCUCUAUUUUAUUCUCCUGGAAAGAGAGGGUUUUACACACCUAGGCAAGGUAGAGCUAGUUAUGAACGUUUAAAUGCUUUCAGAAAUGUAGGAAGGCUUAUUGGAUUAUGUCUUUUACAAAAUGAAUUGUGUCCAAUAUUCUUGAAUCGACACGUAAUAAAAUAUAUAUUGGGUAGACCUAUUCGGUUCCACGAUCUUGCAUUUUUUGAUUCCGUAAUUUACGAAAGUCUAAGACAACUAGUGAUUGAUGCAGAAACUAAGGAUAGUAACACUUUAUUCUCAGCACUGGAGCUUACAUUCAGUAUUGACCUAUGCCAAGAGGAAGGAGGUGGUUCAAUUGAAUUAGUACCCAAUGGUCGAGACAUUGAAGUGACUGGGACAAAUGUUUACGAUUAUGUACGAAAAUACGCCGAAGUUCGAAUGAUCAAAGUGCAGGAGAAGGCUUUGGACUCGAUGAGAGAUGGCGUCUUCGAUGUUCUUCCAGAGGGUGCACUAGACGGUUUAACAUCCGAGGAUUUGAGACUUCUGCUGAAUGGCGUCGGCGAUAUAAAUGUCUCUGUUUUAAUAUCGUAUACUUCAUUUAAUGAUGAAUCUGGUGAAUCAACAGAGCGUCUCGUCAAAUUUAAGCGAUGGCUUUGGUCUAUUGUUGAGAAAAUGUCUCACGUUGAACGGCAAGACUUAGUAUACUUUUGGACCGGAUCGCCAGCGUUGCCCGCAAGUGAAGGUGGUUUCCAACCAAUGCCAAGUGUGACAAUUCGACCCGCCGAUGACAUGCACUUACCAACUGCGAAUACCUGCAUCUCCCGACUUUACGUUCCACUGUACAGCUCACGACAUGUGCUACGUCACAAAUUACUUCUCGCCAUAAAGGCAAAGAACUUUGGAUUCGUAUGAACUUCGUUCUCUGUAUACUUGCGAUAGUCCUUAAAGGAAACCGCAUUAAGCAUUAUAACAUAUAUAAUGAAAAGAAAAUGCAAAAUAUCUUGUUAUUUUCCUUUUUCUCCUAGAAAAAUUUAUAACAUUUAUAAAUUUGUAAGGUGUAAUUAUAAUAAUUCAUUAUUUCGAUCAAGGAAAUUGGUCCUACGUCUUAAUAAGAUUUUAUGUUAAUGUGUCAUAUUUAGCCUUUAUAGAAAAGAAUAAAACAAAAAAAAACCAAUAAAUCUUUCUCAACUAUUAUCAAAUUGUUACGGAUCUUCUAAUGUUUCAACAUUUCAAUCAUCCGACAAAAAAAAAGGAGAAAAAUAAGCUUUUCUAGUUUUAAAAAAUUUUGUUUUUCAUCAUAUUAUAAAAAAAAAGGAAAGAAAAUAAACUUUGUAAAUGUUGAAUCAUCGAAAUAAAAAUUAGAUAGCAUUUGUCUGAAAAAAAUUAAAUAAAUCACACAAAUGAAAUCUGUAGCAAAAUUUACAUCGUCGUAAGUGAAAAAAUAAAUCCUAACGGUUGGUAAAUUUUAGAAAUAAUAAUAAUAAAAAGAGUAAAAGCUCA